AUGUCUAAAGUUAACCAGGAUGAUGUGAUUUUGUUGAAAUUUGAUCCUGAAGAGGAUGAAUGGCAGAACUGGAAGGAAAGGUUCGAAAACUUCAUAGAAUGGACAGAAAUGCCGAAAGACAAACAACGAGGUCUCCUGUUGAAUUCGUUGGGAGUGAAGGCGUUCCAGAAGCUGGUUUCACUGUGCCGGCCGAAACGACCUCGAGAAUUCGACCUUGACGAAUUACUGGUAAAGCUGGAUACUGCUUACACGACAGUAACCUUCAGAGCAGCUGAAUGGGCCGAUUUUUAUUCCAUGGUGCCAGGUGACCUUACGCUGGAGGAAUUUGCCGAAAGGUUACGGGAUAAAACCACGACCUGCAAAUUUCCUGCUGAAGUCGUAGAGGACAACCUGAGUGCGGCAUUCAUCCGUAGCAUAAACAACCAAUCAACGCGGUUGUACCUACUAACCCACGAACACAAGACGUUCAGUGAGACACUGGACGCCGCAAAGCGGUGCGAGAAAGGCCUUGAAGAUUCCAGAAAGAGUACGAAAGAUUCCGGAAAUGAAUUAGUUGCAAAGAUUUCCAAGAUGAAGUCCAAAAGAAGCAAUGGAAAGAUUCAGACCAAGGUUCAGUCCAAAGGAAAGUUGUCUGCGCCAAAUGUCAGCGCCAGUUCCACUGAAGAUUCAGAAGAUGAUAAGCCUCCGAAGCCGAGAGAGAAAGGAUCGUGCGACAGCUGCGGCGGGAAGAAUCAUGUCCGCGAGCGAUGCUGGUACAGAAACGCCAUCUGCAAUAAAUGUGGCAGAAAGGGCCACAUUGAACGUGCAUGCAGAUCCGGCCAAGAUACAGAAAGGGAAAAUAAGUAUAUUUACACCGACGACCACGAGCCAUACGAUGUUUUAUGA